CAGGUUUUAAGGAUACAUGUGUGUGUGUGUAUAUACAAAAUAAUAGAGCACUAAAGCUUGUUCGUACUAUUUUUUACACAACAUGCUAAUAAUUUGUAUACCUUAGGACGUGAAAAGGAAAAUAAAAGAGUAAAAAUUUUGUGGUCCAACAACUUAAGCACCUAAGAUCCUUCCCCACUUUUGUUUUGGGGGUCCUUUAUUUCUCUUCCAGUGUUUACUUUUACUUCCUCUUCUUCUCCAUCUCUUCUUGUUCCAUCAUCUUUCAUGUGAGAGAGAGAGAGAGAGAGAGUUGAAUUUUGCAAAUGAGUAUGAGAAGAAGCAAAGCGGAAGGUAAGAGGUGUUUAAGAGAAUUGAGUGAGGAAGAGGAAGAAGAAGAAACAGAAGAUGAAGAUACUUUCGAAGAAGAAGAGGCUUUGGAGAAGAAGCAGAAAGGUAAAGUUACGAGUAGUAGUAGAGUUUGUCAGGUCGAGAGUUGUACUGCGGAUAUGAGCAAAGCCAAACAGUACCAUAAACGACACAAAGUCUGCGAGUUUCACGCCAAAGCUCCUAUCGUUCGGAUCUCUGGUCUUCACCAACGUUUCUGCCAACAAUGCAGCAGGUUUCACGAGCUCGGUGAGUUUGAUGAAGCCAAGCGGAGUUGCAGGAGACGCUUAGCUGGACACAACGAGAGAAGGCGGAAAACCGCAACUGAAUAAAGAUGGUGAAAGGUGUGAGAUCCCCAUUUGAAGAUUAAUGAAACAGGCUUUGCUUACUCUCUUCUGUCAGUCUCUUUUAGCUCCUUGUAAUCCCCUGUGUAUCUCUCUGUUUCUCCAUAUUGCCUGCAAUCAAAGCUCUAUGCUAAACCUACGAUAUGAUUAAAUAAAUGCAUUGAGACUAAGUAAAUGCUUGAAGAA